AUGCAAAGAACAAAGCGUCUAUUUGGUAAAGGGAUAAUUUCAAACCCAAAAAUGGUGACCCAAUCGCAGUACAGCAAGAUACAAUUCCAAUCUGUGUUGAAUAAAUUCUCAACAUUUUACAACGUCAUGAAAGCAAUUAAUUUUGUUGAUAAUGCCAUGAUGCAGUUGAGCAAUGAUGGUUUAAAGAUCAUUGUUGAGGAUGCUAAGAGUAUUCAGGCCUCAGCGUACGUUACUCGCGCAUGUUUCUCCGAUUUUAAGCUUGAGAUGGCUGAACAAGCCUGUCCUGAUGCCGCAAAUACGGAUUCCACACAACCAUUUGUUACGUUUGGGAUCAACUUGAAGGUGUUUACAGACUGCCUGAGUAUGUUCACUAGUUGGGACAAUGAUUCAAGUCUUAAGAUGAUGCACAAGGGUAAUGGCGCUCCUUUAAUUACCAUAUUGGAGCAGCACGGUGGAGCGGAUAAUCUCGUUACGGAGUGUUCGAUGCGCACGAUUGAAUCGUUUGACUGCAUGGAGCUGGAUUUCGAAGAUGAUCAGAUUUUAAGCAAAAUCAACGUGAAAGGUAUGGAGUUUUUCCAACUGCUCAGUGAGUUGGAUCGCAAUUGUGACGAAAUUGAAGUUAGUAUCUCGCCCGAUGCGCCACAUCUUAUGUUAAAUUCGUUUGGAGAGCUACACUCAGAGUCCUGCGUACAAAUAACAAAUACCAGCGACAUGCUGAUUACGUUCAACUGCUCAGUUGCGAAUCGUAAUCGGUAUAAAUUUCAACAUUUCCGUCUCGCAAUGCGUACUCUAGCAUUGGCGUCCAAAGUAUCACUUCGUACGAACACCGAGGGUUUACUGGGACUACAGGUUAUGAUAGAGAAUAGCGAUAGUUCUCAUAUCUUCGUGGAAUAUUUCAUCCUGCCGCUGAUAUCGGAUGAUGAUCAAACAACUGUAAACUAA